AUGAAUCCAAAUCAACCACAACAAGAUUCAGAAGCUCCACUUCAAACAUUGGAUUUAGACAAUCUUGAAAACUUAUUUGGUGGUCGACAAACACUACCAUCGUUGUCAGAUAUACGUACAGCAACACUUAAUGCUCUUCGGACUACAAAUACUAAUUUAAGAGAAGAAAAUAAUAGACUUGCAACAUAUGUAGCUGAACUUGAUAACAAAAAUCAUGAUUUAACGGUGAAAGUUCUUGAACUUGAAACAGCAAAUCUUCGACUUGAAUUUCAAACUCAAAUUCUAAAACAACUACUAGAUGAUUUACAAGAAAAAUUUGAAGCACGUGAAAAAAAACUUCAAGACUUCGAAGAACUUCAAAAAAAACUUCAAGAUUUAGAAGCACGUGAAAAAAAACUUCAAGAUUUAGAAGAACGUGAAAAAAAACUUCAAGACUUCGAAGAACUUCAAAAAAGAAUUCAAGAUUUAGAAGCACGUGAAAAAAAAAAUCAAGACUUUGAAGAAUUUCAAAAAAAAAUCGAAAAUUUUGCAAAAUUUCACAAAAGAUUCGAAAAGUUUGAAGAGUUUCAACAAACAAUUGAUAAAGAAAAUAAUGAUUUAAAGGAACCAACGCCACAAACUAAAUCAAAUUUAACAAAAUUUAAGUUGUCAAAUCGUGAUGUUGAAAAACCACUAAAAGAUGACUUUGGUAAGUACUUAAUAGUUAUUAAUUAA